CUACGGAGCGAGCCAGCGCGCACAGAACAGCAACUUCGCUAACAGAUCGAUGCGCAGACUCACCACUCACACACAGAGUGCCUGAGCUGGGAGCUAGCUCACCUUGGCUUAGUUCCUCUUUCCACAUACCUACCAUUACCAUGGGUGGAUGCCUCGCUUCGCCACCGAGCACGCCGGGCCAGGAAGAGGCAGGCGAGGCGUUUCCGUCGUCGAGGUCGGCCAGGUGCGUCGCUUUCCAGUCGCAGCAGCAAGACGUCAAGCGCCCGUACCUGCGUUACGACGCGCAGGGUGGCGCCGCCAGCGGCAGCCGGCCGCUCCGGCUCAACGGCGAGGGCGUCGCGAGCCCGUACACCAGGUUCUACUUGGAGCCAGCAUCCAGGGAGCACCACGGGCUCGUGCACAUCAGGUGCUGCUACGACAGCAGGUACUGGGCGGCGCAGCAGCGCGCGCACGACGGCAGCUGGGUCGUCGGCACCGCCGACGAAGUGGAGGAGGACCUGUCCAGGCCGACGUGCACGCUGUUUAGGACCAUGCGCGUCCACCCUUCAGGCUCCAUCAGGCUCCUGCACGUCCAUCUGGAGAAGUACUUGUGCUUGCCCUCUAGCGCUGAGUCUGACACUAUGAUCGAGCUGCAGGCUGUCAAUCCCUCCUUGCAUAAAGGAGACGAACAAGAUGCCCCCACAGUAUGCACCUUCACUGUCCAUGAUCUGUCGGAGCAAUUUGUACUACCUAGAUACCUUGCCUUCAUAGGCGACAACGACAAAUACCUCCGCACGCGGACCAUGGAGCGCCACCAAUACCUCGAGUUUUCAGGGCACGACGUCAGAGACGAAGCCGUCCUCAACACCGUCCACACCAACGACGACGGGACCUUCCGUGUGAGAUCGAACUUCGUGGGCAAGUUCUGGAGGCGCAGCCCGAAUUGGAUCUGGGCCGACUCCGACGGCGACGCCACCGACAGCAGUGGCGACACACUGUUCAGGGUGAUCAGAUUAUCAGGAGCCGGAGGCUUCCUCGCGCUCCAGAAUCUGGGCAACAACUACUUCUGCAAGAGGCUAACCACCGAGGGCAAGAGGAACUGCCUCAACGCCGGCACUCCGACCGUCACCGCCGACGCAAGAUUACGGCUACAAGAAACCGUUGUUUCCCGUGAAAUUUGCAACGUCGAGUUUGACUUGUCCAAUUCAAGGAUCUACGGCAGGAGUAGCGUCUCCAUGACUGCCGCCUCCGCCCUCAACGGCACCACGUCAAACAACACGGCUGAACUAGCCCUGGAGUACACAGACCCGGAGAAGAGGAUGAUGACCUGGGGCUCCAGUGUCACGUUGAAGUCUAACAGCGUCGCAACCUCGAUUUGCGCAGGGAUUCCGGUGAUCGUAGCAGAUGGGAGCGUUGAGGUUUCGUCUCCAUUCAGCAGAUCAUGCAGCUGGGGAUUGCCUGUCCCGAAGGAGACAGUGCAGAAGGUCUCCUACGAAGUCACCGUGCCUCCGAAGACGAGGGUGACAGUGGCCUCGACAGCGACAAGGGCUUCUUGCGAAGUCCCCUUCUCCUAUACUCAGAGAGACACCCUGUUUGACGGGCGGCAAGUCACGUACGACAUGGACGAUGGCCUCUACACCGGUGUCGAUUGCUACGAUUUUAAGCAUGUGACCAGCGAAGAAAAAUAUGAGCCACAUGCAUCGUGAUGCUAUUAUUUCGUCUAUAUAUAUUGUGGGUGCGCCAUACUUUUGUUAAAUUAUGCGAUUUUCCAUGUAAAAGGGACAAAAUAUUAUUUCUGUCAAUGUAUUAGACUUGAUG